AUGGCCGCACCGAUCCAAAAGGGCUCAGACUAUCACAGAACCUUUGAGACAACAAAAGCGUUUUUGGAGGAAUAUUUAGUCGCUCCAGAGGGCCACGACGACGAAGGAGACUUCACGAACUUGAUUCUUAAAGAAUUCCACAAGAUUUUCCAGUCUGGCCGAGUGAGCCCAGGAAGCCGUCUGCUUGACGUGGGGAGCGGCCCGACUAUCUACCAGCUGAUGAGUGCCAGUAAGUUCUGCACGGAGAUCGUCUGCGCAGAGUAUACACAGGAUAACCGAGCUGAGAUUGAGAAAUGGGUGAAGGAGGACCCAGACAUGCACGACUGGACUCCGUUCUUCACGUUUGUAGCUGAUCUCGAGGAAGACAGCUCCUCGUGGGAAGCCGUGCAGUCCCGUCUCAGGAAGGCUAUUAAGGAGGUCAUUCCCUGUGACGUCACCAAGGACGACCCUUUCGCUCCUCGGCAAUAUCAGCAGUUUGACGUGUUGACCACGACCCUGUGCCUGGAGGCAGCGUGUCCUGACCGGGAGUCCUACUCGGCUGCUGUGCGCCGCAUCACCCGCCUCCUGAAGCCGGGCGGCACGUUCGUUCUCGCCGGAGUCACCAACCAGACCUUCUAUUCCGUCGGCGGUUAUGAAUUCUUCACCCUUCCUAUAGACAGAAACUUCAUGAGAGAGGUGUUUGAGAAGGCGGGGUAUGUCGACAUUGACAUCAAGUGGUUUCCAGCCACAAAUGCAGAGAACAACAGCGUCUCCAACUUUGACGGGAUAGUUGUUCUUCAUGCUAGGAAAGCGGACACUGAGUAA